AUGGGAACGGACAACUCUGGUUAUAGUGUGAGCUCGGGCCAGCCCUCUGAGGAGAUGAACCUCUAUGCUGACAUCUCUGCUGCCUGGCAAGCCCUGUGCACCAGGUACGGCAUCAGCCGGGACAGCAUCGUCCUGUAGGGGCAGAGCAUCCGCACGGUGCCCACCGUGGACCUGCCUUCGCGCUCUGAGUGCGCCGCGGUGGUGCUGCACUUGGGCAUGCGCAUCGCCUUCCCCGACACCAGGAAGAACUACUGCUUUGACGCGUUCCCCAAUGAGAACAUGGAGACGGUGUCCAAGAUCACGUCGCCGGUGCUCAUCAUCCACCGCACGGAUGACAAGGUGACCGACUUCUCGCCCUGGCUGGCGCUCUCCAAGCUCUGCCCCAAGGCCACUGAGCCUUUGUGGGUGGAGGGCGCCGGGCACAACGACAUCCAGCUCCACAGCCAGAACGUGGAGCACCUGAACGGCUGCAUCUCCCAGGAGCUGCCCAGCCGGCGCGCCUAG